CGCCUCUUCUCGUCGUCUCCUGCGCGCGCCUCCUCCCACGGCCCCUCGUACGACCCCCCCACCGGCUGGCUGUUCGGCGUCAAGCCCGGCGAGAAAUACCAGAGCGAGGGAUGGGAGGCUCCCUUCUUCUACGGCUUCUGUGGCAGCAUUGCGGUGUUCCUGGUCGCGUACGCCUAUAAGCCGGAUACGUCCAUACAAACGUGGGCGCUCGAGGAGGCGCGUAGGCGAUUAGAGGUCGAGGGCAUCCUCGAGGACCCUGAGAAGAAAUGA